UGACGAAAAUGACAGUCGAACGCCGUGUGUUCCGUUCCGAAAAUAUCGCGAACAAGCGUGGACAAGAGACAAAGAAGCCAUUUCUCUACCUGAAAUACGAAAACGCAUUCGCGAGUAACCGGCGAUCGCGUCCGCUUUUCUGGAGAGUAUAUUCUCGACGGCCAACGUUGACGCCAGGUCUAGUCGAUUUUGUCAAAUCUGGGGUGGAGCGGGGAAGCUCGGUGGUCCGAUGGCGUGUUGACACCGUUUGAUUGGACUUCUAUUUUGGUCAGGCGAUGGCGCGGGCGGUGUGGGCGGUGCUCCGGAUGGUGUCCUGCGAGGGAUCGGCGUCGUUCAUAUCAAACGUACCUGCGGCAAGUCGGCGCUCCGCUGCAAGGAACCCACCAUUUCAAAUACGCCCCAUCACCCCCCUCGGAGACAGAUCAAGUCAAGUAAGAAACCUACAGUCUGCAAUCAGAAUGCCUGAAAUAAACACAGACAACCUUGACGAGAAGCAGGUUCAGCUGCUCUCUGAGAUGUGCAUCCUUAUUGACGAAAACGACAACAAAAUUGGGGCAGAUACAAAGAAGAAUUGUCACCUUAACUCCAAUAUUGAUAAAGGUUUAUUACACAGAGCCUUCAGUGUCUUCAUUUUCAACAGCGAAGAGAAGCUGCUCUUACAGCAGAGAUCUGAUGCAAAAAUCACUUUUCCAGGUUGUUUCACCAACACUUGCUGUAGUCAUCCUUUACACAUAACCAAUGAGCUGGAAGAGAAAGAUGCAAUAGGAGUGAGAAGAGCUGCUCAGAGGAGACUCAAAGCUGAACUUGGAAUUCCCAUGGAACAGGUAACACCAGAUGAGAUGACGUAUCUAACAAGGAUCCACUACAAGGCACAAUCAGACGGCGUGUGGGGAGAGCACGAAAUUGACUACAUCCUCUUCUUGCAGAAGGAUGUGGUGGUGAACCCAGACCCUAAUGAGAUCAAAAGCCACUGUUAUGUAACCAGGGAGGAGCUGAAGGAGAUGCUGGAGCAGGCCAAACGCGAGGAGCUGAAGAUCACUCCCUGGUUCAGCCUCAUCGCUGAGACCUUCCUCUUCAAAUGGUGGGACAAUCUCCAGAACCUAAAGCAGUUCAUGGAUCACAACCGCGUUCACCGGUUGUAACCAGACUCUGGAGGAGCAGGGUGGGAGGCUUUCUGAGCAGGAUUGGUGUGGCAGGAAAACAUGGGUCAUGCUUCACUGAGGUGCAGUGUAACAAUCCACAUGGCAUACAUGUGUUUACUUACGUUCUCACCCAAAAAAAAUUCAUUGAUUUUUUUUUCAGUCCCAUCAUAUUCCCAAAUAGAUCACAGAUGGUUUCUUUGUACCUCUGGAAGUACUUAUAAUUUGUACGAAACACAGAUGGUCAAUCUAGACAGUAUGCCAAUUUAUAAAAACAAGUUUGUCGAAAAAUAGGAUACUUACCUCGUAACUGUUGCACACUUCUUUUGAAACUCACAUAAUAUUGAUCCACACAGGAAUGAAAUCACUAAAUUAAGCAGGUGAAAAUUGUGUUUCCAGACCACACUCAUUAAUAGCAGACCUUGUUCUAACCAGACAAGGCUUUAGGUACUACCUCAUAUUAGUUAGCCUAAAACUGUUGGGUUUUUUUGCAUGUUUGGUGUAGCCCACGGCACAGUAAAUAAUGUUGGAAACACAUGGGUAGAGUGUUUUUGGACAUCCAGGCAGCAUCCAGCAAAAGGCUCAAAAGUAAUUGUUUGCCUAAGUUUGUUGAUGAUAGUUAGUCUACUACUGUAAAGCCAGACUCAAGUUGAGAGUUGUCUUACACGGAGGUUGCUAUGACAUGAGGGAAGUAGAAAUAUGUUUGAGUGAUUGAGUCUUAAUAUAUAAUUAGUCAUGUGGUUCACAGUAGCUUUGGUUGCACCAAGUUUUAUCCGUUGACAUGUUGGACAAAAAUUGAUACAAGUAGUGCAGAAAUGCUGAUGCAAGAUAAACGGUCAACUCAUCAAAAUUGCAUACUUGUAAUUUUUGAACAGAAAAGGCAGAAUGGAGAGGUGAAUGUUCAACUCCAACUUACGUCUCAGAGUUGAAAUGAGCCAUUUAUCAGUAUGUUUAUGAUCAAAUGGUAUUAAGUACGGAAGCCAAAAACGGCCGUGCUUACUUUUUUAUGCCGUUAUUUCGACCACGAGUUAAUUAUUCGUUCUCCUCUUUGGCUACUAUAAAACGAGAUUGUUUGCUCUAAUGAUGUUAUUGCGGCAAACAAAACUACACAUGUACGCCUUGACUUACCGUUCAGUUAUGAAUCCUCACCGACAGUCAAGACUUGAAGGCCCGAAACUUGAAGGCUGAAAUCAUGUGUGAUCAAAUGAACCAGACACUCAUUUUCAAGUUCUCCAUAAUUAUCCCGUGAUUUUUCUCCUGAUAAAUUAUCGUUGGAGAAAGAGCUUGGUUAUCUCCAACAAAUAAUUAACUCAAUAACCACAUUAAAGAAUUGCAAGCACAGCUGUUGUUGACUUCCUUAGAUUAAAGCCCAAGAAUUCAUACUCUAUUUUCAUAGAAGCAUGCCUAACUAAAGGUCACUAUGCAGUGAUGAAUGAUGGCAACAAGAAGUUUGUGACUAAGGCAUUCAUCCCUUUGUAGAUACACUAUUGCCGGUAAUGGCAAUAGAGGUUUUGUAAUCUUUUACCCAAUAAAGACUGAGUUAGAUUUUUUGGAUUGUGGUCAUUGUGGGUGUUUAACUGGACGUCCACCGAGCAGUUAUGAGGCACGACU